CGCAGGCAACAAAGGUUUGGGAGGCAUAGAGCGCAGGCCAACGGCAGGAGAUCGAAUCCACUUUGCCCCGCCAGAGACCAUGCAGAAGUCGCCCCUGGAAGGAGCUAAUUUCAUUUCCAAACUUUUCUUCAGCUGGACCAGGCCCAUCCUGAGAAAAGGAUAUAAAAAACGGCUGGAUUUGUCAGAUACGUAUCAACUGCCAUCAUAUGAUUCAGCUGACUUUCUAUCUGAAAAAUUGGAACGAGAAUGGGAAAGGGAACUUGCAUCAAAAUCCAAACCCAAACUAUACAGUGCUCUACACCGAUGCUUUGCUGCUAAAUUCAUCUUUUUUGGCAUUUUAUUAUAUAUAGGGGAAGUCACUAAGGCUGUACAGCCCCUAUUACUGGGGAAGAUCAUAGCUUCAUAUGAUCCUGACAAUAAGACUGAACGUUCCAUCGCUAUUUAUCUAGGCAUCGGCUUUUGUCUACUUUCCAUUUUAAGGACACUGAUUCUCCAUCAAGCCAUUUUUGGCUUGCAACAUAUUGGCAUGCAGAUGAGAAUAGCUAUGUUUAGCUUGAUUUACAAGAAGACCCUAAAACUGUCAAGUCGUGUUCUUGAUAAAAUAAGUAUUGGACAACUUGUUAAUCUACUUUCAAACAACAUGAACAAAUUUGAAGAAGGAUUUACAGUGGCCCAUUUCAUAUGGAUUGCUCCUUUGCAAGUGAUCCUGCUGAUGGGGCUGCUGUGGGAGCUGUUACAAGCCUCCUCCUUCUGUGGUCUUGGCCUAUUAAUUGUGCUAUCCAUUUUCCAAGCCAUCAUAGGGAAGAUGAUAAUGAACUACAGAAAACGGCGUUCUGUACUGAUAAAUAAUCGACUUUUGCUAACCUCAGAAAUCAUAGAAAAUAUCCAGUCUGUUAAGGCAUAUGGUUGGGAAGCAGCAAUGGAAAAGAUAAUUGAUAACAUGAGAAGUGCUGAAUUGGCUCUGACCCGGAAAGCAGCAUAUUUGAGAUAUUUAAAUAGUUCGGCAUUUUUUUUCUCGGGAUUCUUUGUAGUCUUUUUAUCUGUGCUUCCCUAUGCACUCGCUCAUGGAAUCGACCUCCGAAAAAUAUUCACCACUGUAUCAUACUGCAUUGUUCUGCGCAUGACAGUCACGCGACAGUGCCCUCUUGCUGUACAAAUGUGGUAUGAAACCCUAGAUGUAAUCCAAAAGAUGCAGGAUUUCUUACAGCUACAAGAAUAUAAGACUUUAGAAUAUAACUUAACACAUACAGAUGUAACAAUGGAUAAUGUAACAGCCUUUUGGGAAGAGCAUAUUUCCAGCACAAUAAAGAGUUAUAAACUACAUUAUAAUAAAGAUGCCUUUGUUGUGAGUCGCCUAAACCUUCUAGAUUGCUAUGUCCUGAAGAACAUCAACUUCAAAAUAGAGAAAGGACAGCUGCUGGCAAUUACUGGAUCUACUGGAGCCGGCAAGACAUCAUUACUUAUGAUGAUUCUUGGAGAAUUGUUGCCUUCAGAUGGGAAAAUUAAACAUAGUGGAAGAAUAUCAUACUGUGCCCAGUUUUCUUGGAUCAUGCCAGGAACAAUCAAAGAUAACAUCAUCUUUGGAGUUUGUUAUGAUGAAUAUAGAUACAAGGCAGUAAUCAAAGCUUGCCAGCUUGAGGAGGACAUUUCCAAGUUCACAGAGAAAGAUGGCACAUUCCUAGGAGAAGGAGGUAUCACACUUAGUGGAGGCCAACAAGCAAGAAUUUCCUUAGCCAGGGCUGUAUACAAAGAUGCUGACCUCUACUUACUAGAUUCCCCCUUCGGACACCUAGAUGUACUAACAGAAAAACAAAUAUUUGAAAGCUGUGUCUGCAAAUUGAUGGCAAAUAAAACUAGGAUUUUGGUCACAUCCAAAAUGGAACACCUGAAGAAAGCUGACAAAGUUUUGAUUUUGCAUGAGGGCCACAGCUAUUUUUAUGGUACAUUUCUUGAAUUACAAAAUCACCGUCCAGAUUUUAGUGCAAAACUAAUGGGAUAUGACUCAUUUGAUCAAUUUACUGAGGAGAGGAGAAAUUCUAUUCUUACAGAGACCUUGAGUCAAGUGUCCUUAGAAGGAGAUUCUUCUGGCAGAGCCCGAAGGCAAUCUGGAGCACAGAAUGCAGAAUUCGGACAAGGUUCGAGUUCUAUUGUCAACUCCAUCAACUCAUUCAAGAAAUUUUCAAUCUCACAAAAGAAUGCACACCUGACUGUCAGGGAAGGGAAUUCUGCUGAACUCCGAGAGAGGAAACUGUCCAUCGUUCCAGAUUCUGAGCAGGGAGAAGCAGCUCUGCCUCGUAGCAAUGUCUUGGACAUCCCAGCAGAGUUGCAAAACAGAAGGCAGUCCGUUUUAAACCUUAUGACAUCUCCAGCAAACAAUGAGGGGAUGAGCCCUUACCAGAGGUCAAGAGCAUCUGUUAAAAAAGUGUCCCUGGCUCCUCCGACAAGCCUCACUGAGAUAGAUAUAUAUUCAAGGAGGUUGUCUCAAGGUGUCGGGAUGGAGUUCAGUGAUGUAGUUAAUGAAGAAGACUUAAAGGAAAACUUUCAUGAAGAAAUAUCAAAUGUACCACUAAUAACAACAUUGAACACAUAUCUUCGUUAUAUCAGCACAAAUAAGGGCGCACUUUUGGUGCUAAUUUUUUGUCUAGUUAUUUUUGUCAUUGAGGUAUUAGCCUCAGCUGUUACAUUAUGGAUACUUAACACCAACCCUCUGUCAUUGGAACACAAUAGUACUAAAAAUAAUUAUGCUGUUAUUAUAACAAAAACAAGUUUCUAUUAUGUUUUUUAUAUAUAUGUGGGCGUUUCUGACACGCUACUGUCCUUAGGAGUUUUUAGGGGCCUUCCACUGACGCAUACAUUAAUAACAACUUCAAAAUUUUUACAUCAUAAAAUGUUUCAUUCUAUACUUCAUGCACCAGUAUCAGCCUUAAAUGGGUUAAAAACAGGUGUAAUUCUAAACAGAUUUUCAAAAGAUAUAGCAAUUUUGGAUGAUUUCUUACCGCUUGCCAUAUUUGACUUUGUCCAGUGGACAUUUGUUGUAACUGGUGCUAUACUUGUUGUAUCUGUUCUGCAACCAUACAUAUUACUGGCAAGUAUUCCAGUGAUGACAGCAUUCGUUUUGUUGAGAGUGUACUUUCUUAACACCUCGCAGCAACUCAAACAACUGGAAUCAGAAGCCAGAAGCCCCAUCUUCACCCACCUUGUCACCAGCUUAAAAGGCUUAUGGACACUUCGUGCCUUUGGACGGCAGAUUUAUUUUGAAAGUCUUUUCCACAAAGCUAUUAAUGUACACUCAGCAAAUUGGUUCUUAUACUUGUCAACAUUGCGGUGGUUCCAGAUGAGCAUUGAACUGAUAUUUUCACUGUUCUUCAUUGCUAUUACCUUUGUCUCAAUUUUAACAACAGGUGGAGGGGCAGGCUCCUCCAUUGGAAUCAUUCUAACAUUAGCUAUGAACAUCAUGAAUACACUGCAAUGGGCUGUAAAUUCCAGCAUUGAACUCGACAGCCUAAUGCGCUCAGUGAGCAGAGUAUUUAAAUUUAUUGACUUGCCAAAAGAAGCAUUUAAAUCAACUGAGUCAGAAGUAAGCUCAGUGGAUGAUAAGAAGCUGACAGAAGUUGUUGUCAUUGGGGACCAAGACCAAAUGACGGAAGUCAUUGUCAAGAACAAAUAUGCACAAAAAAGUGAUAUCUGGCCCUCACGUGGGCAAAUUAUUGUUAAGGAUGUUACAACCAGAUACACAGAUGAUGGGAGGCCAAUAUUGGAAAAAAUAUCAUUCACAAUAAGUGCUGGUCAAAGGGUUGGACUCCUAGGACGCAGUGGGUCUGGAAAAAGCACCUUAUUUUCAACAUUUUUGCAAUUACUACAUUCAGAUGGUGACAUCUUAAUAGAUGGUGUUUCUUGGAAUUCAGUACCAUUACAAGAAUGGAGGAGAAUAUUUGGCGUCAUACCUCAGCAUCCAUUUAUUUUUCAUGGAUCUUUUAAACAAAACUUGGAUCCUUAUGGAGAGUGGACUGAUGAGGAAAUCUGGAAAGUUAUUAAUGAGGUUGGAAUGAAACAUUUGAUAGAAAAACUACCUGGGAAACUAGAUUUCAUCCUGACUGAAAGGGGUAAUGUGCUCAGCCAUGGGCAAAAGCAGUUAAUAUGCUUCGCCAGGUGCAUGCUUACUAAAGCAAAGAUUUUACUCCUGGAUGAACCUAGUGCUUAUUUGGACCCUAUGGCAUACCAAAUAAUUCAGAGAGCUAUGAAACAGUCAUUCACUGGCUGUACAGUGAUCCUUUGUGAACACCGAAUAGAAGCCUUAUUGGAAUGUCAACAAUUUUUAAUUGUAGAAGACAACAAAGUAAGUCAGUAUGACUCUUUCCAGAAGCUUCUGAAUGAAAAGAGUGUCCUCCAACAAGCUCUGGGGUCCACAGAGAGGAUAAGGCUGUUCCAGAAGCGCCAUUCAAGCAAACAGAAACUUCGCACUCAAAGUAAAAUUACUGCUGUCAAAGAAGAAACAGAAGAGGAAAUGCAGGAAACCCGGCUCUAAAGAGCCUGGUACAUGCCUUCAUGGGACAUCCACUCACUUCAUGGUACAUCAAUAGAUGAAGGGAAUUAAAACA